ACGCACGAUCCUAUUACGCGCUACAGCCUACACUGAUAGAGCUCUGCUUUUCUCCUUUUCCGUCGCGAUUCUGGACACAAAGAUACUUGGCGUUGAGUUAGGGCAAAGUCUUUCUAUCUCAAGCCUCUCUUCUUGCCCUCUCAAGAUUCAUUUGAAACGAAAAGGGUUUUUGGCCGAGGGACGAUGAUAGACCCUAUGGACGUACUUCGAUCCAAUCUCUCCCGGGUUCGGAUCCCAGAGCCUACCAAUCGUAUCUAUAAGCAAGAAUGUUGCUUAACUUUCGAUACCCCGAGGUCAGAUGGUGGACUAUUCAUCGAUAUGUACACUUUUCUUGCUUUCGGAAAGGAUUGUGUGGGCUGGAAUUAUGAGAAGACUGGUGAUCCUGUUUAUUUACAUAUAAAGCAAACUAAGAAGAUAGUUCCUGAAGACAGACCUUCAAAAAAGCCUACUCUCUUGGCUAUAGGUGUUGAUGGGGGAUUCGAUAACAAUGAAGAUGAAUAUGAAGAAACCCACAGCAUAAUUAUAUUGCCUGACUAUGUGUCUCUUCCAUUUCCUUCAGUCGAGUUACCAGAGAAGGUAAGGUUAGCUGCUGAUGCCAUCUUACUGUCUGAGGGUGCUGAACGGAAACAGCAAGUUGCAGCUUGGACUGCAGAUGUGAAAAAAGUCAGUGCAUUUGCAACAAAUUUACAGCAGAUUAACAAUGGUGUUGUUAUUCCUCCAACUGGGUGGAAAUGUUCCAAAUGUGAGAAGACAGAUAACCUUUGGUUAAAUUUGACUGAUGGAUUGAUCCUUUGUGGGAGGAAAAACUGGGACGGAACUGGUGGUAACAACCAUGCUGUUGAGCACUACAAGGAGACUGGCUACCCUCUUGCUGUAAAGCUUGGGACUGUUACUGCUGAUCUUGAAGCAGCAGACGUUUUCUCCUAUCCAGAGGAUGACAGUGUAAUAGAUCCACUUUUAGCACAGCAUCUGGCAUUUUUUGGCAUUGACUUCUCAUCACUUCAAAAGACAGAAAUGACAACUGCUGAAAGGGAACUUGACCAAAAUACCAAUUUUGAUUGGAAUCGAAUCCAAGAAAGUGGACAGGACGUGGAACCCAUUUUUGGACCAGGAUAUACAGGGCUGAUCAAUCUUGGAAACAGCUGUUACAUUGCUGCAACUAUGCAAGUCGUGUUUUCAACACAGUCCUUCUCUUCACGGUAUUAUGCAAAUCAAAGUCUAAAAAAUGCAUUUGAGGUGGCCCCUGCUGAUCCGACUGUAGACCUGAAUAUGCAGUUGACAAAAUUGGGACAUGGUCUACUAUCUGGAAAAUAUUCUGUUCCGGCACUUGAGAAAGAUGGAAAUGCAAAUUUGGCCACCUCAGCUACUACCAAACAGGUAGGGAUACCACCCCGCAUGUUCAAGGCUGUAAUUGCUGCCAGUCAUCCUGAAUUUUCGUCUAUGAGGCAACAGGACGCUUUGGAAUUUUUCCUACAUUUUCUUGAUCAAGUUGAACGAGGUAAUGCUGGGAAAUGUGAAUUGGAUCCUGCAAGGAGUUUCAAGUUUGGUAUUGAAGAUAGAAUCAUGUGUUCGUCUGGAAAAGUUGCAUAUAACAGAAGGCAUGACUACAUUCUUUCUCUUAAUAUCCCCUUGCAUGAAGCAACUAAUAAAGAUGAAUUAGAAGCCUUUAACAAGCUGAAGGCAGAUAAACUUGCUGAAGGGAAGGAAAUGUCUGGCAAUGACAUUGUUCGCCCGAGGGUGCCUUUAGAAUCCUGCCUUGCAAGUUUCUCAGCUCCUGAGGAGAUAAAUGAUUUUUAUAGCACUGCCUUGAAGGCAAAGACAACAGCGGUGAAGACGGCUGGUUUAACCUCAUUCCCAGAUUACCUGGUGUUACACAUGCGGAAAUUUGUUAUGGAAGCAGGCUGGGUUCCAAAAAAGCUUGAUGUAUAUAUAGAUGUUCCCGAUAUCAUAGAUAUUAGUCAUAUGCGCAGCAAAGGUCACCAGCUUGGGGAGGAGUUGCUACCUGAUGGGGUACCUGGUGAAGAGGAUUCAAGCCAGCCGAUGGCUAAUGAAGAAAUCGUCUCACAGCUUGCCUCUAUGGGCUUUAAUUAUCUUCAUUGUCAGAAAGCUGCGAUAAAUACUUCAAAUGUUGGGGUAGAAGAGGCAAUGAAUUGGCUGCUGUCUCACAUGGAUGAUCCAGACAUUGACAAUCCAAUCAGCUCUACUACCUCGUCAACUGUUGACCAAUCUAAAGUCGAUACGUUAAUCUCAUUUGGAUUUCAGGAAGAAGUUGCCCGAAAGGCACUCAAGGCAUCGGGCGGGGACAUUGAGAAAGCAACAGAUUGGAUAUUUAGCAAUCCUGACGCAUCCGUUUCCAGCAUGGACGCAACCUCAUCAGACACUCCACCUGUUCCGAAUGAUGCUGUCUUGCCUGAUGGAGGAGGCAGAUAUCGACUCAUGGGAAUUAUUAGCCACAUAGGAACCUCGACGCAGUGCGGACACUACGUUGCCCACAUUUUGAAAGAUGGAAGAUGGGUUAUCUUUAACGACAGCAAGGUUGGGGCUUCCAUUAAUCCUCCCAAAGAAAUGGGUUAUCUGUAUUUCUUCGAGAGGCUCAACAGUUGAAUGUUUCCUGCUCUCAUGCAUUGGCUGCACAAUUUUUGAAUUCGAGGGUCAUCCAGAAAUUCAGAUUUUUAUUUUUAUUUUGUUUUCUGGCGCCCAUAUUACUUUUCUUACAAUUACAAUUCAUGGUCUUCGAUUCUCAAAAGUGAAAACCAUUUAAAGCAGAGAAUUAACGUCGGGGGUUGGUGAUAAUGUUACUCCUCACAAUCUCCCAUUUCUGUUGUCUGAUUGCCUGAACAAAUAUUGCGAACUUCACGGAUCUGCGCGUGAGAGUUGGAUGAAUGCACUGCAUUUGUUAGUGAUUAGUUUGGCAUUUAAUAUUGAAGCCUUCACAUGUUAAUUAUUAUUGAUUAGUUUGUUAACAAUAUGAGCCUGGUUUUAAUUUGUAUAUAUUUUUAAAGUCAUUGUCAUUUCA